AUGAAUUCUCCGCCACCUAAUAGCAAAGGAAGUGAUUCUCAAUUCAAAAUAGGAUUAUUGAAAGUAUUAAGGAGUAAUUACUUUGCAGAAGUUGAUAGGAUGACAGAAGCCCAUAAUUAGGGAUUAUUUGUAAAAAUUAAAAAUUGAAAUUAGGAAUCUAUCUUAGAUGAGAAGGAAUGGCUGAAUUGUGGAAAACCUAUAGUGGAUAAAAAGGCUGUGCAUGAAGCUAAGAGAGCUAAUGAAAAGGAAGUUUAAGAUGAAGGGGAAGAACAAAGAAAGUAAAGAUUGGAGAAUUUGAAUUUGUAUUUAAUGGAUGGUGUAUUUAAGGCAGGUGAAGAGAUGGGAUUAUAAGAGUGGAAUAAAAGAAGAUUAGAAAAAUAGUUAAUAUAAGAAUAAAAAUUUUACUUUUUUGAUGAUGAUGGAAAUUUGGUUGCAGAUAGAGAAUUUUUUGAGGAAAAGAUCUAAAGAUUAUUUCUUAUAGAUUUUGAUGAGAAUGUGGCAUUAUAAACACAUUAAAGACCUGCUUCAAGAUGUGCAAGAGAGAACCAAAAUAAAUAAUUACCAUUUAGAUUGGAUAUAUUUAUAGGAGUAUUAUAAUUUUCUUAUCAUCCUCAAUUUUCAAGAGAGGAUUAGUAUGUGUCAGAUUUGAAAUAUCUGAUAAAGAAAUAUAGAAAGAGAGCAGAUUUGGCAUUAAUUCCUCAUUAUUAGAAGACUUUAAAUAUUUUAGAAAAAGAAACAACAGAACUGUAAAGUAGACCUGAUGAUACAAAAAUGGAGAUGGAAAUGAUUUAAUUAGAGAAGGAAAGAUUAAGAGAAGAGUAAAGAAAGGAGAUUGAUACUUUAUAGAAAUUAAUGGAAUAAAUAUAUGCAAAAUGGGAUACAAUAAAAGAAGAGAGAAAAACAGUAGGAGCAACAUCAUCUCCAUAUAAAUUAGGAGUUAGAUUUUAUACAUCAACAGACAAUACAAAAGAGGUGGAUUUUAUUUUAUAACAAAUAGAAAUAAAUAAAGAGAGUAAUAAGGAUUAGAUAAUUAGUAAGGCAGAAGAGGCAAGAAGAGAGACAAUAAGAAAUUUUAGAGUAUAAUUAGAGAUUGUGAUAAAUAAUUAAGUAGUUGCUUAGACUAGGAAAGUGAAUUUAGAUUGGCCAUCAUUUGAAGCUAGAUUUAUGGAGAAAUUAUAGGUUUAUGUUUUUACAAAGCCAACAAGUGUUAAAUUAAGAAUAUGGAAAGUUUAAUUAAUAAAUAAGUUAAUUGAUGAAAUUGAAAUAGAAUUACCAGGUGAGAAAUCUUAUGCGAUUACUAGUACUGGAUUUGUAUUAAAAGAAGCAUAUUUUGCAUAAGGAAGAAAAACAAUUAGAGAAACUCGUUAUUAAGAUUUAUUAAGUUAAAAUAAUAAAGCUUUAAAUUAUAAAUCAACAGAAGAAGAAUUUGAGGGAUUUAUUUCUUUUAGAACAGAAUGGCCUGAUUUUGGUCCAAAAAUGCCACCUGAAAGUUUAGAUAUGUAAUAUCAUUAAUUGGAGACUAAAUAUGAAGAUGAAUUAGGGGAUGCUGAUGAUAUAGAAAAGAUGAUUAUUGAUGAAAAAUAUUUUGAUAUUAAUGAUCCUAGAAACGAAGAAUUGUAUGAAAAAUUAACAAAAAAAUAAGAUAAAUAAACAGAAGUAAUUUCAGGAGAAUGUGUUGUUCCAUAUUCUCAUAUCAAAAGUAAAAGAUAAUAAUUACUCAAACUUAAAUUUAUUUAACCUUAAUUGAGCAAACAUAAAAUUCCUUUAUUGGAAUAAUAAAUUGAAAGAGAUGGAGAAUUAACAUAAUUUCUAGGAGAAGAUGAGGAUUAAAUGGAUUAUGAAAAAGAAUUGAGAAAUUAAAACAAAGAAGAUCAAUUUUAAAUUUUAGGAGAUUAUAUUAACGAUGAAGCCACUAAGUAAAGAUUAUUAGCAAUCUAAAAAAUACUUUAAGCAAGAAAAAUAGAAGCCAAAUUAAAAAGGGCUAAAAACUAAAGUGGUUUAAUCUCUAUUGAAAAUGUAGUUAAUGAAUUUCAUUUUGAAGCAGCUGCAUCUCUCUUAGCAGAAUGUAUUAAAUCUAUUUUUACUAAAAGAAGAAGGUUGGGACCUUAAAAAAGAACAAAUUUAGAUAAAAAAAAUCCAACUUAAUUAUCUGAAGUUUAAAUCAGUGCUUUAAUUAUUUAAGGUAAUAAUGUUCCUAUUAGAUCAUCUGAUGUCAGUAAACUUUUAGAAGUAAAAUAAAAAUUAAAUCAAUACAAUUCAGUUAAAGAAACAAUAGAAUUAUUAGGAAAAAUCAAAAAAGUUAGUCCUAUUAUUUAAGUAACAUUAGACAUAUAAUCAGACAAUGUUAGAAUUAUUAGAAAUGUUGAUGUUCUCAAAAAAAAACAGAAACCUUAAUUGCCAGGUUAAUUAUAAGCUUUUGGUUAGUAGGAAGAUGAAGAAUACGAAGCUGAUGUUGAGAGAAUAAUCAUUGGAAAAAAAGAUGAUUAGCUCACUUCAGAAGUUGAAGGAGUGAAUCCAGAAUGGAAUGAACUUAUUGAUUUUAGAAUUGGAAGAGAAUUUAAAUAAUAAUAAUUUGAUCCAGAAGAUUUGAUUAAUUCUAGAAACAAGAUCACUUUCACAUUAUUUGAUUAAAUUGGUUGGUUUAAAUAGAAAGGUAUGAAUACCUAAGAACAUACACUUACAAUUACAAGAAGAUACAUAGGAUCAGUGACCAUACCAUUGUUAAAUCUGUUUUAAUAAGAAAAAAUGAGUGGUAGAUUUAGGAUCAAUAGACCGUUAUUUUUAUUGAACUAUCGAACUUUGAAUGUAGAAAAUUUUUUGAUGGACUAAAGAAAUUAGACAUCAUAAUAAAAUGAAUUACAGAGUAUUUAGAAUUAAAGUAUAUUUAGAUUUACAUAAUAAUUUCGAUAUUAUAGAUCCUCAUAUUCCAACAACAGUAGAAUUAACAAUGACUUUAGAGCCUUCAAUAAAAGUAAAUGAAGAUUUAAGUGCUACUACAUAUUUUCCAGGGGCUGAAAGUACAAAUCUAUUUUUGUACGGAAUAAGAUAAUUAAAUAGAUAUAGAGAAAGAUAUAAAGAUCGUUAUAUAAAAUUUUGGGCUGAAAAUUUAAAAGGAGAAUCAGUAUUUUUACCUAGAUUUUUAACUCCAUUAAAACCACCUGAAAUUGAUUUUACAGCAAAUUCAAUAGAGAAAGCAGCUAGAUAUGUUUCUUUGAUUCCAUUUAGAAAUGAUACAGAAGUAUUUAGAGAUUUACCUGAUAUAUAUUGUAAUAGCUAAGAAUUCAUAGAUUUAAGAGCUGGAGAUUUUGAAGAGCAUGCACUUUUAUUGUGUAAUUUCUUUAUGUAUAUUGAUGAGAAGAUUCUUAAAAGAGAUGAUAUAAAGAAUUAUGUGGUAAUGGGAAGAGGAUUACCAGAAGGAAAAACAUAAUAUGUAAUGAGAAGAUUUACAAAAUCUAAUUAUAUAGAAUUAUGGAAUCCAUAAACUGGAGAGGUGUUUGUGUUUCAAAAUUAAGAAUAUGUAAAAACUUUAUUUUGUUUCACAGUUUCAAAAGGAUAUAAAAAUUUAAAUGAUAUCGAUGAUGAUGCUUGUCCAUUAACAAAUAUUGGAUGCAUAUUUGAUAAUUAAAAUAUCUAUAUUAAUAUUCAAAAUACAGAAACUCCAAGUGAAAUGAAUUUUAAUGUUGAAGAUAUUUAAUUUUGGGAACCACUUUUAAAUAAGGAUUAAAUAAAAGCAUUUUUUCCAAAAGGUAUUUUACCAAUAUCAAAUGAACUUGUAUUUGAUGUACCUAGCGUAGAGAGAUCAAUACUUGUUUAAGAUGAAUUAGAUAAGUUUUUGAAAAACAAAAUCAAAGAUUAUAGAUUUGAAGAUUUAGGAUAGAAAAAAGCACAUUUUACAACUACUUUUAAUAAUUAAAGAUAUGCUUAAUUAACAGAAUUUAUUAGAGAUAGAGUAUUAUUUGAUUUGGAAUCUUUUAAAUUUAGAAUCAGAACAACAGGACUUGCAGUAUCAUUAUUUAUUAUUAUUUUAGAGAGAAUAUGGAGCUUAAAGAAAUAAUGAAUAAUAAUAAUAGUAAUAAUAGUAAUAAUAGUAACCUUAAAAUUAAGAAGAAUAAGAACCAUUGAAUAAUGAUAAUAAUUAAUAAUGGACAUAUUAAAAAUCUUUAGAUCAUUUAAAGAAAUUAUAGGAAUAGCUUAUUAGAUAAUAAGUAUUGAUUGAAUUUUAUAAUUUUAUAGGAAAAAUAUGUGAGAGGUGGUAAAGAUAUGUAUGGAUUUCCUCUUAAUUUCUCAUUUGUUGAUUAUGAUAGAGCAUGGGAUGAAAUUAAAGCUACUGGUAUUGCAGAUAUUAUGAGUGAUGACAUUGAAUUCCUUUGUAUUACUAGAUGUUUUCCAUAUCCUCAUUAUGUUUUAUCAACAUGGGUAUUUGUUGCAGUACUAUAUAAAUCUAAACCAGCUGAUAUGUGAAAAUAAUUUAUUAAUUUUCAUUCAAU